AAAGUACCCCGGAACCCAAGCUUACAACGACCUCCACAAUAAAAGGCUCCUUUUCAAACUGACAGACGUUUUAACUUCGGUGGAUCUUUGGAUUUCCUAACCUCUAUUAACUUUUUUCAAUAUCCUCAAAAAAAAGAGUAAAAGACACUCUCUCCUCUUGAAUCAUCGCCAUGAAUAGGUUUCGCUUUGGCGACUCCGAUGAGUCUGCCUCCGAGGUCGACGAUGAUACCUCCGGACUUCCCUUUCCUGAGCCAUUGUCCCGCUCAUCCUUUCUCGCGCCCGACUUUGACCCUGCAGAGUACUUAUCCUCCCUGACUAAUCGACACCAAAGCCUGGAAGACCUACGGCAGGAACUGCGCGACUUGGACCAAUUGCUUAGCCGAGAAUUGCUGGACCUAGUCAACGAAAAUUACCGGGAUUUCCUGUCGCUUGGAAUUGCACUACAAGGAGGGGAGGAGAAGGUCGAGCAAGUACGUGUUGGGCUACUGGCAUUCCAACGAGACGUCCAGUCCAUCCGCGACAAGGUCGACGCAAGGUAUCGAGAAGUGGAGCAACUAGUGGAAGAAAAGAAGCGCCUACGAAAACAGGCAAACGUUGGGAGGGCCCUGCUGGAUUACGCUGAUCGGGUCGAUGAGCUGGAAAGGAAACUAAUGAUUCGUGACUCAACACCUGCCCAUCAAGGCGACUCUACCAAGGACCUCGAUACGGAUUCUGACUUGCUGGACAGUGAGAGUGAGGAGAGCGAGGAGGAAGAGCUUCCGAAUGGUGCAUCGGCUACCCCUCUUGUAUCACUGAAGAGACUUGAGCAUCAUAUUCAGAAAUAUGUCUACUUGACAAGGCUGUCAUCGCGGAUAGGGGACGAUCAUCCGUUCCUUCUCAAUCAACAACCGCGAUUAUCCAAGAUAAGGUCUGCAGUACUCUUGGAUCUCAAAACGGCUCUCGAACAAGCAAAGAACGCGGGCGAGAAACGGGAUACAAAAACGCUGGCCGUAUUGCGUCUCUACAAACUGAUGGGGGAGGACACCAGUGCAGUAUCUGCUCUGAAGAAUCUGAAAUUAUAGAUCGUGCCCGGUACUUACACUAGGCAUGUGCAUAGCGUGGGCGUUUGGGAUGCUGGGAUCUCCAGGAAUAUAUAUGAAACAAUACCAUUAUACACCGUGCCUUUCCUAAUAAAACAUAAUCUGUACACCCAAACACUCGAAUAAGUUGAAGCUAUUUUACAGACCGCUCAAAGAUGCAGGCUCGGGGGAAUUGUCAGACUUGAACUCUCCGUUCAAACUGAAACCAGGGCCAUUGGUCGAGCUCAGCAC